GGGGGAAGGACAUGGUACCCGGAAGCGCUUUCCCUUCCUGGUGACGCUCCAGCCGCCAGCUCAGCCGGGUAAAGCAGUGCAGUGGCCUCCGUGGCGCUGGCGGCGAGCGCGGGCCCUUCCUCCUGGUCCUCCGGCGCAUGUUCUGUCGCUGCUUCCUCUCGGCUCUUCGGCUCAACGCUCCGGUCUCCGCGUCUCCUCUCCCUCCUCGCCUGCGGCUCCUCCUCAUGAAGCCCGUGGUCGUCUUCGUGCUCGGCGGACCUGGGGCCGGGAAGGGGACACAGUGCGCCCGCGUCGUGGAGAAAUAUGGUUACACUCACCUCUCUGCAGGAGACCUUCUUCGUGAUGAGAGAAAGAGACCAGGGUCACAAUAUGGAGAGCUUAUUGAAAAUUAUAUUAAAGAUGGCAAGAUUGUUCCUGUUGAGAUAACAAUCAGCUUGUUAAAGAGGGCUAUGGACGAAACUAUGGCUGCCAAUGCACAAAAGAAUAAAUUCUUAAUAGAUGGAUUUCCCAGAAAUGAAGACAAUCUUCAAGGUUGGAACAAAACAAUGGAUGGAAAAGCGGAUGUGUCUUUUGUUCUGUUUUUUGAUUGUGAGAAUGAGAUCUGUAUUAACCGCUGCCUUGAAAGAGGAAAGAGCAGUGGCAGAACUGAUGACAACAGAGAGAGUUUGGAGAAGAGAAUUCACACAUAUCUUGAAUCUACGAAACCAAUAAUAGACCUCUAUGAGAAAAUGGGCAAAGUUAGGAAAGUGGAUGCUUCCAAAUCUGUUGAUGAAGUUUUUGACAAGGUUGUGACCAUCUUUGAUAAAGAAGGCUAGUUUGCUACUUGGACGCUGUUUCCAAACAUGCUUGAAUCUUGCUUUAAGAGCUGCUACUGUAGACCAUUUUAUAAUGGUGACAAAAUAUGCCUUUUUAAAUACUUAUGUGUUAAAACAGUUUUUAAAUUGUUAAAUUGUUAAUUAUUUGAAAAUACGGUAUGACAUUGCAACUGACUUGAAGUUAGUGAAAACUGCAAAGCAAAGCUAGUAAUCAAGUGCUUAACAUAGCUUCUUCCAGAGAGCAUCUGUCUCUACUCUCUUCCGCCCUUCCCCUUCAUUAUCAAAACAAGUAGUUUUUUUUCUUUUUUCUUUUGGAAUUCAACACAUUGAAGUUGUAAGUAUAUGUGAAGGGGCCCAUUGCUUUUUCUUUCUUUCUCCCCCCAUUAUGGACCAAAAAUAGCAAAUUGUGUAGAUUUUUUUUAACUUUAAAAAUCUUGUGGCAUUUUCUGUAUUGAAUGACAAGCAUUUGCAGGUGAAUACAAAGUAUACCUUUUUGAUCCUGGAUUUAUUACUUAUCAAGUUGUUAUUAAAGCAGUCACUUAUGAGGCAUGCUGUUAUUAGUCAGGCUGCCUGAAAGUGACCUGUAUUCCCACAUUUUGCUACCAUCCCUAUUUUGUGCACACUUGAAGUCUCGGAGAAGGAAACCAUUCAGCAUACAAAAUAGGAAAACCCCAUUAGGGGAGCGGGUGGUUCUUUUUCAAAAGAAAAUACUGCAUUAUCUGGUGAUUACAGGGAUUAUGUUUUUGACUGGGAAUUAGGUCCAAUGUAGGGCCCAGAGGAUAUGCAUUUUAUUGACAUCAAUGUAAAAAGUUAAUUAUGACUCCCAUUCAUUUUAUUAGGAUCUAAAUGCUAUAGGUUGGACCCAAAUCAGUGUAUUUAGGAUUUAUUUUCAGAUUAUGUAGGCAUCAUUUGUUUUUACCUUUUUUGUGUAUUUAUAAGUAACCAGGGCAUUGGAUAUGUGUCAUGCUCAAAUGGUUCAGAUGGUUUGAGAAAUCACAUGUUUGAGAGCAGCUAUUACAUCGACUUUCCUUUGUCACAUAUCUCUAGUUGCAUGAUACAAUACUUUGUGAAAACAAAAUUGCUUAUUUAUUCAUUGACCUGAAGUGUAUUUGUUCAAGAUACGAUGGAAGAUAAUAUUUUUAUGAUUAUUCUCCUCCCCCCACCCAGUAAAAUUGUGUAACUUGAGCAAAAAUUUUAUGCAGUCAUACUUUUUGUAUACUUUGAUGAAUGUAAAAGUAAUCAUCUUUUUUUUAAAGUAAAAAUAUUAGAUCUUUAUGGUUUGGAUUUAGUGCAGUGCUGGUGGAAGACUAGAUUUAGUGAAAUUAAUAAUUAGGUUGCAGAACCUUGCUAGAAUGUUUGCACAGCUGUUCUGAUGGCAUCUUUAAGUUUAAAAACUAUACAGGGAAAACACAAAAUGGUUGGUUGAUUAGGAUCUAUUCAUAAUUAGAACUUUUUUGCUCUUAAAUUGUUCAGACCUUCAAAAUCUCAAACCUAAAUCAAAUUGUUAGUCUUAUCAAGAGUAGGCAUAUAGAAUCAAUCAAAUUUAUAUUAGUGUUACUUAACCAAGUUAUCCCAGAUUAAGUGUAUCUUCUAUGCCCGGGAUUAACAAUAUGAUUUAGACCUAAAAAGUCAUGCUUCUUUCAUUUAACAUCUUAAGAUUGUUCAAUAACGUUUUUACUUUUGUGUAUAUCAAACGGCCAUUUGAACUGACUGUAUUAACAAUUAUAAAUCAUUAUUCCUGUUUAUGUGUAUAUCUUUCUCACAGAAAUAGUAUUUAGUUAUAUUAUUUUGUCUUCUAAUAAAAUGUAACUAAGGCACUUCAA